CAGGUUAGUUUUCCUUCACAAUAGUAACCUGUUCUGCCUAGGGGAGUGACAAGGAGGAGACAACUCACGACUGUCAUCUCCAAGAGAGAGCGACCUGCACGCAGUUUUGAUCGGUGACGUGCAUAGGCGUGUUCGACAACCGCAUACGAGUUUCAGCAUCCGUAAUCAAAAGAAACGCAGAUUCUCCUCGGAACAGUGCAGCAGUGACUGGAUAAAGUGAAGAGUUGAGACCUAGGUGGACCAGAGGAUCCCAGGAUGCCCUCUCACAACAAACGCACCUCUCCUUCCUACCAUCCCGGCAGCAGACGCCAUGAACACAGGCACAAGCAUAGUGAGCAUGUCUCCAACCCAGCCUACUCUUUCUACCCAGAGGAGGAGCUCCUCCACUUCUACCGCUGGACCUCUCCUCCAGGGGUGAUGAAGAUCAUCUCCAUCAUCAUCAUCAUCAUGUGCGUAGCGGUCUUCGCCUGCGUGGCGUCUACGCUCGCCUGGGACUACGACAUGAGCAUGAUGGGAAUGAGCGGUGGCGUCGGCGCCGGGAUGGGCAUCGGAGGCGGAGGAUACGGUGGGAGCUACGGCAGUAGUUAUGGCGGAGGCUCGUCCUAUGGCAGCGGUAUCGGCGGAGGCUCGUCCUACGGCGGAGGUAGCUACGGAAGCGGGACCCAGACUGACCCCCUGGCGGGGAAGGGCUUCAUCAUUGCCAUAGCAGCCAUCACCUUCAUCGCCGUGCUCAUCAUCUUCAUCCUAGUGGUGUCGCGGCAGAACGCGUCCCGCUCGCCAAAGUUCUACCUGGGGGCCAUCAUCGUGUCUGCCAUCUUGGCGAUACUAAUGAUCAUCGCUACUAUAGUCUACCUGGUGGCAGUGAACCCCACAGCCCAGUCCUCAGGGUCCGUCUACUACAACCAGAUCAUACAGCUGUGUUCCCAGUACCAGAAUCAGAACCAAGCCCAGGGCAUCUUCAUCAACCAGUACCUCUACCAUUACUGCGUGGUGGAACCUCAGGAGGUCAUAGCCAUCAUCCUGGGAAUCUUGGUAUUCGUGGGUCUGAUCAUCCUGCUGGUGUUUGCUGUGAAGACGCGUCAGAAGAUCAGACGUUGGGGCCCAGACAGAAUCCUCUGGGAGGAGACCAAGGUUAUCAGCAACAGCCUGCGCACACACACCAUCGGAGAGUGGGUGAAUAACGUGUCUGGUCAGCCGGACACUCUGGUGAAUGAAUACAACGACAAGGUGGGGGGCUCCAGGAACUUCCUGGACCAGCUGCCAGACCACAGACCUCUGUAUCUGCCUGGGAGCUCAGACAUAACAAGUUCGUUGGGAGGACUGAAGAGCAAGCUGAGGGACUACGACACUGGUGCAGAAUCGGGAGGAGAGGAUCUGGACGAGAUCGACUUUAACUCCGAGUUCUCUGCCAUCAUGAAUGAGCAGGAGCGUCUGGACUACAAGAGGGAGUUUGACCGGGACCAUCUCGAGUACAAAGAGCUGCAGGCUGAGCUGGAUGACCUCAACAUGGGUCUGGCUGACCUGGACAAGGAACUGGACAGACAACCAGAGGGCAGCCCACAGUUCCUGGAUGCUAUGGAUAAGUACACCCGGAUGAAGAAUAUGAAGAAGUCCUCAGACUAUCAGCUGAAGAAGAAGAGGUGCAAGCAUCUGAAGGCCAAGCUGUCUCACAUCAAGAGGAAGGUCAGCGAGUAUGACCGCAGACCCUGAACCCUGACCACCAACCCCAGUCCAGAGCAGACUCCACCCUUGUCUGUCCAGGAAACUGGCCCCAAAAGAAGGAAGACCAUAAUGGGAGAGGGACCCAGAGAAGGCUUUUUUUCAAUGUGAAGUCAUAUGAACUUUUUUUAAAGAGGGAGAAUUCUCUGAAUGUCUAAUAAUGUUGUUUUAUUUUCUUAUUAAAGUUAGAUUGAUGUUGAGUCCCCCCCCCCCCCCCCCCCCCACAGCCCCAGGAUUGUACCCACAGCCGCGGGAAGUAGGGAUGCUGCCGCACCCCCUGAAAAAUCUUGAUGAUGUGGCUUAGUUGGUAGAGCAUGGUGCUUGCUAUGCUAGGGUUCUGGGUUCGAUUCCCACAGAGGACCAGUACAAAAAUCUGUGCACUCACUACUGUAAGUUGCUCUGGAUAAGAGUGUUUACUAACAUGGAAAAGGAAUGAAUAGACCAUUUCAAUUUUCACAUAGAAAUGAGUUGCCAAAGUAUUUCAAGAACAUGGAUAACAUAUCAAUAAAGUUUUUUUUUUUAUAUUCCACAAGUAUUUUAAAAUGACCUAUUUUGUACAGAUAAUUAUCAGACUCAAGUUAAAAAUGCUGGUAAACACUCAAAUACAUUUGGUACAUUUUUCUCCCCACAAAAGCAGUGCAUUGGGCCUGUAUUAGCGGACCGACAUAUACACUCCCCCUGUCGUCGCAGCAACCCCACCCCCAAACUACUUCCAGCGGCUAUGACAAUACCUCUAAUAUGUAGCCUAUACCGAGUCCCCAACAAUCGGAUGUUCCGGUUUUGGAAAGAGCCUGUGACUCGACUUCAGCUUUUGGACAUGAACAAGGUGACCAGCCAUCUUAACUCCUCCACAUUUACUGGAUUGAUUGAACAGUACAUAAGAGAAUGUCGUCAAUUGUUUUUUAAAAACAAUAUUUAUGGGAUCUAGUUUAAGGCGUUUAUUUUAAACCUGCUACGUUAGGUUACAGUUGGGUAAUGAUGGAUGGCGCAAGAUGCUAAAGGUUAUUAGAGCGCCCUCUAGGGUAUAGAUACAUGACAUGGCCAAUUCACGUUUUUUUUACAUGUUUGUACAUUUUUGUUUUAACAAAGGUUCUCAGGGGAUGCUCCUGUAUCCAAAUAAAAUAUUUUAUCUAUAAAAAAUAAAUACCCGGUGUGUACU